GGAUAACAAAAAUAUUCGGGAAUAGGACGUCACUUACACACAAACAACUCGUAGCUCAUGCUCGACAAAUGAAAACAAUAAAUAAGUAAAUUUCAAACAACGUUAACAAACGAAGUGAAACAAAUACAUUUUUCGUCAAGAAUGCCAUUCUUUUAGAAGUUCUUCGCAAAAAAAGUUUAAAAUUAUCUCCAUAAAAAGGAUGUGCAUUCCUUCGUUCUAUUUGCACGGUAAACAAAAAAUCAAUACAACACACUCCGCUGGUUUGAGAACCUAACUAAAUCUUAAUGUUCGUAAAGAUAAUCAAAAGCGAAAUAGUAAUGGGAAAAAAUAUUUUCUCCAAAAAUGAUUGUGUGAAGAAUGAACAACACUGAGAAUAGUGCAAAUGUUUGUGUUCCAAUAAUUCGUAUCAAUCUAUUGUAGUUAUUAAACAAUCCGAGAACCCAAAUAAGCUUCAAAGAUGCACGCCGUGGGUAUCCAUUCUGCCAUGGCAAUAAAACGCCAACGACGACGGCGUGAUGAACAAAAACGAGCUCGCGAAAGACGUUAUAGUACACAAAGCUCGGAAAGUGGUGAAACGUUCCAUUCUCCAAGUGGAUCUGUCCGACGCAAGUACCAUCACACUCACAAUGCCGCCAAAGCUGGACCAGGGAUGAUCGAUAGUCAGGUUGUCACUAGUAUUGGAAUGCUGCAUAUUGGCAUCGUCUUCAUCGUAUUCGGAGUAUUUUUAUGUGGAGCUGGCAUCAUUCCAGAUGAAACCAUGUCUUGGAACGUAUUCAGUUCAAGCUCAGCUUGGUGGAACGAAGUUACUUGCACUGGACUUUUUUCUUUGGGACUUGGUCUAUUUUUACUCAUUCUAAAUUGUUUGAUCAGUCGCAAAGAAGAGGAGGACUUGGAAGAUUACGUUCAACGGCAGUUAACACGAUCUCGAUCAGGACAUCGCUUAGAGCGAGAUGUCGAAACAGGUGUUCUAACAACAAGACAUGCUCGCAAAGCAGUGGCACUGCAGAAAAAUGGACACGCUGCCGAUGUAGCACUUGUCAACAGUUCAGUCAAUGAAAAUGUUCCCAAUGGGUCCAUAGAUGGAAGGACUUGUAUAAAUACUUCCGGUGAUAUUUUAUUAGAAAAAAUAGUCGAAGAAGAUAACUCAUAUCUGAAUAACGGUAGCGUCGGUGUUUCACCCAUAGAAAUCGAAAAUGAUACCAAACAGCUUUUACGGAGCGAAUCAAUAAAUGAAACAAUCAAUAUUACACGAAUAUAAAAAGUUUUACCCGGACUCACCAAAUUUUCUUUAUGCAAUUUAAUACUUACUUUUUAACAAAAACAAUUAUGUAGAUAAUAAAUUACGUAUCUCUUUUUAUAAAAAAGAAUAAGAAACUAUAAUACACUACAGUUAACUGUAGAGAACAACAAACGACCUAAACCAAAUAUAAUACACUUACAUACCUACAUACAUUUUUCUAAGCUUAAGAUACGGUUUUUUAUAAAAUACCUUAAUUUAUUAUAUACCUAUUAAAUUAAAUUACAUACAUAUAAGUGAAAUCAAAUAUUUUUGUAUAUCUUGAAAGCUUUCAGUUUCUAAAUUAUUAAAUAUUUUACCUUUUGCACUUUUCGCUCAAUAAAUAUUCCGCUAAUACGAAAAUAUCACACCCUCAUUUUAACUAUGCAAAUUGCGAGGUCGCUGAGCCUCGGUUUUCUUUUGCAACAAAUCAGAAUGUUGUUGUUGCUCGAAGGCCUGCCGAACUGUAAAUAAUCAAA